UGCCUGCCGGUUUGUUACUUAUUUAUGAAAAUAUGCCUCAGUUUGAUACUGUCUUGGAAUUCAUGAGAUGGAAGCAUAGGUCAAAGCUGUUUGAAGAAAAUUGGAACUACGGUUUUAUCUGACCACAUCCCUGAGGAAUCUGAAAAAAACAGCUUGUGAAAAUCAUCGUUUAGUGAUUUUGUUCUUCUGCAAGGAAAUCUCAUUCAGUAAAGCCAUUUAAAUUAGUGAAAUAGUAGGACCAGUAAAUCAAAGUGGCAGUGUACAGGAUACGUGGACAUUGAACAAUGACUCAGCUUUAUGCUUACAUCAGAUUACUGGGAGCCUGUCUGUCCAUCAUUUCUCAUGUUCAAGGGCAGAAUCUAGACAGUAUGCUCCAUGGCACUGGUGUGAAAUCAGACUUGGACCAGAAGAAGCCAGACAAUGGAGUGACGUUAGCACCAGAGGAUACCUUACCUUUCUUAAAGUGCUAUUGCUCAGGACACUGCCCAGAUGAUGCUAUUAAUAACACAUGCAUAACUAAUGGGCAUUGCUUUGCCAUUAUAGAAGAAGAUGAUCAGGGAGAAACCACAUUAGCUUCUGGGUGUAUGAAGUAUGAAGGCUCUGAUUUUCAGUGCAAGGAUUCACCAAAAGCCCAGCUACGCAGGACAAUAGAAUGUUGUCGGACCAAUUUAUGCAACCAAUAUUUGCAGCCUACACUGCCUCCUGUGAUUAUAGGUCCAUUUUUUGAUGGCAGCAUUCGAUGGCUGGUUGUGCUCAUUUCCAUGGCUGUCUGUAUAGUCGCGAUGAUCAUCUUCUCCAGCUGCUUUUGUUACAAACAUUACUGUAAGAGCAUCUCAAGCAGAGGCCGUUACAACCGUGAUUUGGAACAGGAUGAAGCAUUUAUUCCAGUAGGAGAAUCCUUGAAAGACCUGAUUGACCAAUCACAAAGCUCUGGUAGUGGAUCUGGACUACCUUUAUUGGUUCAGCGAACUAUUGCCAAACAGAUUCAGAUGGUUCGGCAGGUUGGUAAAGGCCGAUAUGGAGAAGUGUGGAUGGGUAAAUGGCGUGGCGAGAAAGUGGCAGUCAAAGUGUUUUUUACCACUGAAGAAGCUAGCUGGUUUAGAGAAACGGAAAUCUACCAGACGGUGUUAAUGCGUCAUGAAAAUAUACUUGGUUUUAUAGCUGCAGACAUUAAAGGCACUGGCUCCUGGACUCAGCUGUAUUUGAUUACUGAUUACCAUGAAAAUGGAUCUCUCUAUGACUUCCUGAAAUGUGCCACACUAGACACCAGAGCCCUACUCAAGUUAGCUUACUCUGCUGCCUGUGGUCUGUGCCACCUCCACACAGAAAUUUAUGGUACCCAAGGAAAGCCUGCAAUUGCUCAUCGAGACCUGAAGAGCAAAAACAUCCUUAUUAAGAAAAAUGGAAGUUGCUGUAUUGCUGACCUUGGUCUGGCUGUUAAAUUCAACAGUGAUACAAACGAAGUUGACAUACCCUUGAAUACCAGGGUGGGCACCAAGCGCUACAUGGCUCCCGAAGUACUGGAUGAAAGCCUGAAUAAGAACCAUUUCCAGCCUUACAUCAUGGCUGACAUCUAUAGCUUUGGCUUAAUUAUUUGGGAAAUGGCUCGUCGUUGUAUUACAGGAGGAAUAGUGGAGGAAUACCAGUUACCAUAUUACAACAUGGUGCCCAGUGACCCAUCCUAUGAAGAUAUGCGUGAGGUUGUGUGUGUCAAACGAUUGCGGCCAAUCGUGUCUAACCGCUGGAACAGUGAUGAAUGUCUUCGAGCAGUUUUGAAGCUGAUGUCAGAAUGCUGGGCCCAUAAUCCAGCCUCCAGACUCACAGCUUUGAGAAUCAAGAAGACACUUGCAAAAAUGGUUGAAUCCCAGGAUGUAAAGAUUUGACAGUUAUACAGUUGUAAGGGAGAAUCUAGACUGUAAGAACUUCACCCAAGGAAUGGGUGGGUUAGCAUGGAAUAGGAUGUUGGCUUGAUUUUCAGACUCUUUCUUUGCCACAUCUUCACAGGCUGCUAACAGUAAACCUUCAGUACUCUGCGGAAUACAAGAUUUGAACUCCCAAGCGUGUCAAUCUUUAUACAUGGACAGGACAACUUUGUUCUACAGGUUUGGUUUUAUGAACGAUAUCAAGACUCCAAUCCUGAUAAGAAGCCUCUGGUCUAACUCUGGGCACUCAUUAUUCUGUCCAUAAAGUGAUGCUUUCUAUGAAAGCCUGGAGAAAAUUAAUGAACUCAGCAGAGAUGGAGAAAGACAUUUUUGCCUUCUAUCAGAGAAAACAUCUAUUUGCGUUCUAUCUUUGUAAACAGCCUACAGAUUAUGAUCUCUUUGGGAUACAGCCUGGUUUAUGAUGGUGCACUAUGCCUUUGAUAUGUACACCAGAGUUCCUCUGCUGCCAUGGGGCUUAGGAAAAGAAUGUGUGAUGUGCAGGAGGGUAUUGUGGCUGACAGGUUAAACAUGCAAUAUCCGAUCAACAUUUGCCAAUCUCAUGAAAGUCAUCUACCUUGUAACUGUAGUAACUUCUCCACCAAAUUUGUUUCUAACAUAAUAGUUGUAAAGGCCAAAUAAGUUUAAAGUGUCCAUAAAUUUGGACUGUUUCUCUUCUAUCACCAUUUUGUUUUCUAGUUUGGUAUUUUUUUUUUUUAAUAAAAUACCACCUGUCCAGAGUUGAAACUUUAAACCCUACUUUGGAAGAAAAUGCCUCUUGCUGGAGAAGGCCUUGCUGUAUCUGAUAAUGAUGUGCAUGUCUGUGAUCAAAUUCUGAAGUCUUUGCUCUCAGUAUCUCUUAAAAAGGGAAGUUGUUUAUCAUGUGUAAUGUGCUUUUAUUUUCAAAAUCUACAUAAUCAUCUUUCUAGCCAUAUUUUACUUGCACACAGAACUCUAUUCCAAACAGUUUACUUGGAUCUUAUCCAUAAUGGGGGGAAUGUUUUAAAGUAGAACCAUGUGUGAAUUUCAGAAUUCAUGCAUUUAAAAACUUUAGUCAAAAAGUUCAUUAAGAUAUUGCCUCAUUCUUUUAUGAAGGAUGUCAGCUAAUAUAAAUUUGUCAGUAACUGGUAAAUGUAUUUUAUAUAUCUAAAUCUUUAGAAAUUUGCUUUUUACAGUUUCUGAUCCCUAACUUGUGAAGACAAAGAGUCAGGCAGAAGUGUCCAGUACCGGUCACUGCCCAUGUCUAUACUGAACAGCUGAAAUAAAAUGAUGCUUUUUUUUUUUUUUAAUAGAGGGCUUGUUCUCUCAAAGAACAGUUCUGGUUCAAACUUACAUGCCGAUAUCAUAUUAUUUAAAUGUUUAUUCUGCGCAAACAAGCCAGGAGAGGAUCAAGUGACAUUGUCUCUGUGGAUGAAACAUAAAUUAAAAGUGAUUGCGUUAUAACAUAGUCAACCGUUUUCGUUUAAAUGGGAGACUGUCCAUCUAUUCAUUUAUAACUAAAUAUAAUACACGAAUUCCACAAAUUUGAGACUUGCUUUGACUAUUUAAUGAGUUUCAUUUAUUGUAACCAAAGCCUGAGAACACAUAGGAGAUUUGAAUUACUUAAGCCAAGUUAACCUGGCUAUAUUUUUUGCCUGAAUAAACUAAGUCUUAAAAAUCAUUAUCAUCUUGAUGAUAUACCUAAUGAACGGCACACUUCAUUCUUAGACAUGCUUGAAUGGUGUGUGGAGGCCGCUAUAUAAUGAUUCUUUUCUAAUUAGCUUGGUCUGAGGAAGGGGGCUACCAGGGAUUAAUUCUAAGGCUGAUAGUGAGUACUGGAGUCACUGCCUUCCCAAGCUGCCUCUCAGUACUCGGUAGAAACAGUAACAUUCUUUAAAGGACAAAUGCUGCAAUAGUCCUUACGUAGAACCCUAAUGUCUAAAGUUGCAUUAAACUUUUCCUUUUCUUCUCCUCCCUCUUAUUCUUAAAUUUGAAAUUUAAGCCUGGAGAGAUGGCUCAGAGGUUAAGAGCACUGGCUGCUCUUCCAGAGAUCCUGAAUUCAGUUCCCAGCAACCACAUAGUGGCUCACAACCAUCUGUAAUGAGAUCUGGUGCCCUCUUCUGCUGUGCAGGCAUAUAUGCAGGCAGAACUCUGUAUACAUAAUAAAUAAAGCAUUUAAAAAUAUGGGAAAUUCAGUGAAGUAUUUGAAGACUAUAUCAGCCCUUGGCCAGUGAGAAGGCUCAGUGGGUAGAAACACUGCUGGCAAGCUGCCACCUGCAGUGCAGUCUCUGGGUCACGUGCGAAAGGAGAGAACCAACUAUUCCAUAAUUGUCUUCUGACAUCAAUACACUCUUUGGCAUGCAUCCCCCCGUGCACUCCUCCACACACACACAUAAUGCACUCCACAUAUUCAAACACAUAAGUGUAAUUUAAAACAAAAUAUAUAAACAACUGGUAAAAAAAAAAGUACUGUGUAGUUAGUAAUUAGUAACUUGUAAAAAUCUGCAAACUCAUUUGGUCCCACUUUGAAUCUAGAGUUUAAAAAAUAUGGCUAACAUCAGCAAUCUUUUUAAAUCAUAACAUUAUAAAAGCCCAAACCCAUCUACCUAAAUAAAUAUCAAAUGAUCCAGGAAGAUACCGCAAGUGGUUUGUAUGGUCAGGUGUUACAGGGGUACAGAGCAGGUAAAGAUUGGUCCCAACUUGACUGUCUUGAGGCUUCUGCAACACUGAGAACUGAUUUCCCUGGAAACACUGUAACAAAAGGUAUUUAGUCAGCAUGUUUGUUAUCCUUCCCGUGUCCAGAAACGCUCCUAAGCCUGUAAAGUGAACUGGCUUAAUCAGCUCUUGUCCUGGAAUGUUCUAAUGUUAUUCAAUCCUUUUUUUCUUUUUAGAUAUUUUUCCUUAUUUAGAAUAAAAAGAUAGUAAUUUUUCAAGAACCGUGUAUCUCUGAUUUGGCCCAAGAUAAGUUGUUGGAUAUUGAUUGUUUCUUCCAAGGCAGAUUUCCUAAGUGAAAACCUUGUCUUUUCCAGAUACAUGUUGUUUUGAAAUGUCUCCAGAUGUCUAAGAUAAUUUCAACAAAAGUUUAAUUCAUAUUGAAAGAAAGGUUAUGUAGCCCUUGUGGUAACAACACAAAUUGAGUCAGAUAUUAAGCAGUGACGGUUUGCUCUCCUCUUGGCUGUGAAGGAGGGGAGACUAGGCAAGCAGAACUUGUUCCUCUGGUGAAGUGUGUGAAUCUGCAGGAAUGACCAUCCCAUAAGGAAAGCUUAUGAAUAUGGCUUUUGCAAAGAAUUAGACAUAAUACUGUAAUUUUAGGUUGUACUCUGCACUCUUUCAGUGGAAUUAUUUAAGCUCUUUAGUGACCUUUAUUCUUCCCUCUUAAAAGCUAAAAUGUAGUAUAUAUUGUAUAAAAUGAAAAUAUUAUAGCUUAGGGAAACUGUACAUAAGGCAUUGACAGGUUAAAAGGAGGCAUUUUUAAUAUGCAAUUGUAAAACACCAAAAAUAUAGAUUCAUCUUUGAUAUGUAACACACUAAAUGUAUUUUGUACAGAAUCUGAUUUAAAAGGUGCCUUAUUAAGUUUACCAUUAAUUGCUUUGUUCUAUAUACAGAUUAUGUCUAAUGUAUCAUUUUUCAGUAAAUAACCUUAUUUUAGUAUAA